UUAUUAGACAUUCUCUGGUUUCAGACUCAUAUUCUGACUAGAAUUAUGAGUACGACAACGUCAGGCUACAGUAAAUACCUUGUUUGUAUAAACCUACUUGGUAAUUAAAGUUGAUUCUAAAAAAUGGAUGAACUUAUCAAACUUAGUUUUACCCAAAUCCAAAUACGCAGUCGUCAUCCUCAGUCACAACUGAAACUUUUUUGAAACUUUUCAAAAGUGUAUCAAAAAAUGUUUAGACAACAUGACCGAGGUAGAAACACAAUAGGUGGCUUUAAACUUGAAAAACGGAUCAAAUGUAAAGCGCCACACAUUUCCCGGUACAUACCUCCAGCUUGAUUCGCACUUUUGCCUGCUGUGGUGAGAAAACUAGGGAGGUAAACAGACGCCGUCGCUUAUUUCUGACGUCACCUUUUACCCACCGCAAACAAGCCUCAUCGAACAGACAAAUAUACAGCAGCUGAACGGAAGACUUGAAAUCGACUUGAUAGGAUCCUCUGUUGGCCAGUCAUACUUGAUCGUGGGCGAAGACUAGACAGUGGGAGACUUCUUCCAGAGAACUCCAGAGAGAAACAAGCUUCAAGAGACUAGACACCAGACAGGACCCAGAGAGACUAGACAGAGAACAAAGAGAGACUUGAGUUAUGAAGACACAUCAGUGUGACACCUGUGGGAAGAUCCUUUCCUCAUCCAGUAGCCUCAAGCAGCACAUGAUGAUCCACACUGGAGAGAAGCCCUACAGCUGUGACCACUGUGGGAAAUCUUUUAGAGACUCUUCUUGUUUCAGAGGUCACAGCAGGAUCCAUACUGGGGAGAAGCCAUACAGCUGCGACCUCUGUGAUAAAACCUUUAGCCAGACAAGUACUCUCACCCUUCACCGCAGGAUCCACACAGGAGAGAAACCCUACAUCUGUGACCUCUGUGGUCAAACUUUUAGAAAGGCGAGUAUUCUCACCCUUCAUGGCAGGACCCACACAGGAGAGAAGCCUUACAGCUGUGACCUCUGUGGUAAAACCUUUAGACAAUCUAGCCAAUUAACAGUUCACAGCAGGAUCCACACAGGAGAGAAACCCUACAGAUGUGACCUCUGUGAUAAAACCUUUAGCCAGGCUAGCCAUUUAAGAUCUCACCGCAGGACACACACUGGAGAGAAGCCCUACAGCUGUAACCUCUGUAGUAAAACAUUUAAUAAAUCUAGCCAAUUAACAGCUCACAGUAGGAUCCACACUGGAGAGAAACCCUACAGGUGUGACCACUGUGGGAAAACCUUUAGCCAGGCUGGUACACUCAGGCUUCACAGUAGGAUCCACACUGGAGAGAAACCCUACAGCUGUGACCUCUGUGGGAAAACCUUUAGCCAGGCUGGAACACUCAGGCUUCACAGUAGGAUGCACACUGGGAAAAAGCCCUACAGUUGUGACCUCUGUGAUAAAACCUUUAGACAUGCUAGCAAUUUAAGAUCUCACUACAAGACCCACACUGGGGAGAAGCCCUACAGUUGUGACAUCUGUGAUAAAACAUUUAGACAAUCUGGCCAAUUAACAGUUCACAGCAGGACCCACACUGGGGAGAAGCCCUACAGCUGUGACCUCUGUGAUAAAACCUUUAGACAAGCUGGCCAAUUAACAGCUCACAGUAAGAUCCACACUGGAGAGAAGCCUUACAGCUGUGACGUCCGUGGUAAAACCUUUCGCCAGGCAGAUACUCUCACCUUUCACAGCAGUAUCCACACUGGGAAGAACCCCUACAGCUGUGACCUCUGUGAUAAAACCUUUAGACAAGCUGGCCAAUUAACAGCUCACAGUAAGAUCCACACUGGAGAGAAGCCUUACAGCUGUGACGUCCGUGGUAAAACCUUUAGCCAGGCAGAUACUCUCACCCUUCACAGCAGUAUCCACACUGGGAAGAACCUCUACAGCUGUCACCUCUGUGAUAAAACCUUUAGACAUGCUGGCAAUUUAAGAUCUCACCGUGUGACCCACACUGGAGAAAAGCCCUACAGCUGUGACAUCUGUGGUCAAACCUUUAGCAAGAGUGAGGAUUUCACAGUUCACUGCAGAAUCCACACCGGAGAGAAGGCCUACAGCUGUGAUCUCUGUGGGAAAACCUUUAGUCAACCUGGCCACUUAACAGUUCACAGCAGGAUCCACACUGGGGAGAAGCCCUACAGCUGUGACCUCUGUGAUAAAACCUUUAGCCAGGCUGACAGUUUAAGAUCUCACCGCAAGACCCACACUGAAGAGAAGCCCUACAGCUGUGACCUCUGUGGUAAAACCUUUAUCCGGAAGGCUAAUCUCACCCUUCACAGCAGGAUCCACACUGGGAAGAAACCCUUCAGCUGUGACCUCUGUGAUAAAACUUUUGGCCUGGCUGACAGUUUAAGAUCUCACCGCAGGACCCAUACUGGAGAGAAGCCCUACAGCUGUGACAUCUGUGGGAAAACCUUUAGCCAUGCUUCCAGUUUCAGAUAUCACAGCAGGCUCCAUACUGGGGAGAAGCCCUACAGCUGUGACAUCUGUGAUAAAACCUUUAGCCAUGCUUCCGGUUUCAGAGUUCACAGCAGGAUUCACACUGGAGAGAAGCCAUACAGCUGUGACAUCUGUGGUAAAACCUUUACCCAGAGUGGGGUUUUCAAAGCCCACCGCAGAAUCCACACUGGAGAGAAGCCCUACAGCUGUGACUCUUGUGGGAAAACCUUUAGCCGGGCUGGCCGUUUAAGAUCUCACAGCAAGAUCCACACUCGGAGUAGCCCUACAGCUGUGACCUCUGUGGAAAAACCUUUAGCCGGGCAGAUAAACUCAGCCGUAGACGCACAGCCACACAUGUAAGGACUUCUGUUAUGAACUAAUGUCUAGAUGUUUGUGGUGUUGUGGAAUUGUAUUCUUUUCUGUGUUUUUAUUAAAUGAUGGUCUAAGGUCA